CCGCCAGCAUUCCACUGCUAAGCUAAGCGACCUCGUCCAUUCCUCGCUGCUGAGCGUUCGAAGGCGUGCACUCCUUUGCCUUCCUGCGUGUCGUCACCAUGGGUCAGCAGUGGCAGCCCUACCUCUACGAUGCGCCUUCCGAGCGCGACUCGUUCAACCCAAAGGCCGUCACCAUAGCGAGUCGCUUGCCGCCGCCGUCGCCCAAGAGGAAGCCAGAGGGCCCGCUCAUCAACUUUAACAGGCACCCCGACAGCUAUGUCGUGCUUCCCUAUGGCAACACGGGUGCGACGCCCAUGGACCCAAGGGUCAAGGUCGUCAUCAAGGUUGUGAGAUGGAUCCAGUUCGCAUUGCGCAUAUGCACCCUCCUGGGCGCCGUUGGGGCCCUGCUCUGCGCCAUCUUCAUCAAGGGCGCACAGGACACUGAAUCCUGGAUCAUGAGAAUACCCCCCGGCGUCGACAUUGUCAUAUGCCUUUACGCCAUCUAUCACCUCUUGCGCAAUGCAAAGUCGCGUCCACCGGCGAGCUCUGCGAGCUACCACUUCUUCGCCCUGGUCAUGGACUGCGGCUUCAUACCCUUCUACGUCUUCACCGCAUUGCUGUCAAAGCGGAACCUGAACGAGGAAGCAGGAACAGAAGGACGGUGGCGGACUUUCUUCCCGACUGACGAGGAAACGGACAAGGUGUUGCUUACCGCAUGGCUCACUGCCACGACAGUGGCGGGGUUGCAUCUGGCGUCGAUCGUACUGGAUCUUUACCUUGUCUACAUCUUUCGCAAGAUCGCUCGUCUCCCUCCGGACAUGAACCCCCUGGAGGAGAACUUGACCUCGCGACGCAAGACCAAGCACAAGCAUAAGAAUUCCUCCAUUUCGGCCAUUACUCCAUUGACGCAAGCGGACAAGCGUUUCAGUGCGCAGACGACCACCACUCUCAAUACGGACUACAGGAACUCCCAAGCUGCGCCUCUUAUCACCGAGAAGGAGAUCCCUAGUCCCGAUCGCAAGCAGAUGUCUUUCAUGCAUACCCGCACCAACUCGGAUACAACGUACUCACCACACACACCUAACUCAGCCAGGCAGUCGCGCGAGAAGUUCACCAUGUCUGCGCAGGCCAACUCUGCACGACAGUCACGUGCAGACCUGAACCGCCGAGACGAUCUUCUCCAAAUGGAAGAGCAGGACGACCAGAGCCUAGCGGAGCGGAAAGCCUUCCUCGCUCAACAGGCAAUCAAGCGAAACUCCCGGCCGAACUCGUUCAUCACUUCAUCGUCUAAGCAAGACUUCUACACGCCGCCAUCGACAGCUACGACAGCCAGGUCUUCCAAGCAGCACGAAGCGUCCGGAGACCUCGCUCUGCAAAACUCUCGUGAACUACAAUCUGACAAUUGGUUCGUGUACGACGAGAACGAGAAAGACCAAUACCCGGAGCCCAAGCAAUCCCUCUUCAAGCCCAGAACCCACGGCUACGGUGUGAUAUCCCCCUACGAUAACGCCUCCGACGACGAAGACUUCCGUGCUCCCAUGAUGAUGCCCCAGCCCCUCCGCAUGAACCCACCCACACCACCGCCCUCCAAAACCUUCCGCGAAGCCGCACCGAAAAACACGCCUCCCCCGUCGCCCCUCAAGCGCACCACAACUGUGACAUCCGUCUCCACCGAGGCCACCUUCAACCGCUCCAACACUGUCAAGUCAGCCAAAUCAGCCAAGUCAGGGCGUUAUUACGGCGACCUCAAAGCCGCGACGCAGGGAAUCCGCGGUUCCUCGCCCGCCAACUCGCCCGGCUCUUCACCCACAAAGAGCACACGCGGAGGUGCCCUUCCCAGCGCAGCAAAGCAGUACACCACCAACGCCCCCGCGAUACCUAAGAUCGACAACGUGCAGGUUCCCUUCAGCCUCGACAAGAAAAGCUUCGCCUCCGUGCGCAAGACGGGCGAGGCGAAUUAUACGCCUGGCACUGGAGUGUCGCCGCGCGUGGUGAGUCGGUCCGGGGUGGAUUACAUGAGUCCGUACGAUGGCGAGUACUCCGAUCUUGGGACGCCUGGACGGAGGAGGGAUGUGAGUGGGAAGGUGGCUGAGGAAGGCAGGGGAGGCGUGGCGGAGGGGGCGGCAAGAUGGGGCGGUGGAUUGACGUACCGAAAGGCCAGCGGUGUUGCUUGAGCUUGUGCAUUACAGUACACUGGGAAUAAGUGCGGCGUUUCGGGAUGGCGUUUUUGGCGUUUGUAUCGGGACUGCAUGUCUGGAAUGCACAACAGGGGAGGGGGAUGUGAAACGAUACUCUGUUCUGUAGUUUGUCUGCAAACGAACCUGUCCACUGCACCGA